CCCAGCGUACAGUGCGCGCGCAGGAGGAAAUUUAACUUCCACUAUGGCGGAGGAUAGCGAAUUUUCACCAACCUCUCCCCAAAAAAGGGCCCGGCUCUCUUCAGACGAAGGCUUGAUCCCCGAAGGGGAAGUGGGUGGCUUCCAAAAGAUUCCACCUACAAUCUGGAAUGGAACAGGGGCGAUAGAUGUAGGGACCCCGACCCCACCCUAUGAUGAUUCCUGGAGUAAUUAUGAUUGCACACCUGGGUCUACAGGUGACCAUGGUCUGCUCAAUGGCUUCCACCACACCAAUGGCUUUGGUGAGCAUGUAAAUGAGUUUGAUUACACCAACGGGUGGAUGCACAGCGAUAGUGACCACCUCGACCCUGACCCUGACCUGAGCCAACACAACCUGGAGGAGCACCACGAGCUCGCUGACCUCUCAGGUGACCCCAGUCUGAACUGUCUGCUGGGCGACCCCAGCGGUGAGGGACAGAGUACAGAACAUCAGGUGGACAGUGAUGCAGAAACAGCCAGCAGUGUCUCCAGUGCCAGUACAGGGGACUGGCAGGCCACCACUAUAUCAGGUCCUAUGCAGUGGGUACAGCACCAGAUGACGAUGGGGAUUAACCCGAGGACCAUCCUCCAGGAGCUACUACCAACCAACAUGGUCCUCCCUCCCAACCUGGACUCCCUCACCCUGUGGAAACUAGUGGUCAACAUCCUGACAGAGCCACCAAAGAGGGAGAAGCUUCCCAAUGUCAACACUUUACAGGACGUUGUUAGAUUGAUUCAGGGGAGCAAGAAUAUUGUUGUACUGACUGGUGCAGGGGUUUCUGUCUCCUGUGGCAUUCCAGAUUUCCGAUCACGGGAUGGAAUCUACGCCAAGCUUGCAGUGGAUUUCCCCGACUUGCCAGAUCCUCAAGCCAUGUUUGACAUUGAUUACUUCAGAAAAAACCCUUUGCCCUUCUUCAAGUUUGCCAAGGCCAUCUACCCCGGACAGUAUACGCCAUCUCGGUGCCACAGGUUCAUCAGGCAGUUGGAGGAGCAGGGCAAGCUGCUGAGGAACUACACUCAAAACAUUGACACCCUGGAGCAGGAGGCUGGCAUACACAGGAUCAUACAGUGUCAUGGCUCCUUUGCUACUGCAUCCUGUACAAACUGUAAGAGAAAAGUGGACUGUGAAGAAAUCAGACAGGACAUCUUUAACCAGGUGGUGCCAAGAUGUCCGCAGUGUCCACCAGAUGGUCCCAUGGCUGUCAUGAAGCCUGACAUUGUGUUCUUUGGUGAGGGUUUGUCCGACAAGUUUCACCAAACCAUCACAGUGGACAAGGACAAAGUGGACCUGCUGAUUGUGAUUGGGUCCCGACUCAAAGUCAGGCCUGUGGCACUCAUACCAAGUUCCAUACCAGCAGAGGUGCCGCAGGUUUUGAUCAAUAGGGAACCUCUCAAUCACAUGACAUUUGACGUUGAGCUUCUCGGAGACAGUGACGUCAUCGUGGAAGAAAUCUGUCGACUCCUGGGAGAAGGCUGGACCACUGAGUCCGAUUCAGGCCCUCCUUUGCAGCAGGUUUCCGAAAUUCCCCCAAAGAAAGUAGCUCCAGAAACCAGCUGCACCACAGACUGUACACAGGGUCCCUUGUCCAACAUACACAGUCCAAAUUCAACCACAACCAAUGAGGGAACAGAAGCACAUGUCAACCAAAGAAUAGAUUGUUUGUCAACCAACCAGGAGCAACCAAAGUCUUCCCCAGCCAAUCAGGAUGCAGAGGUAUCAUCUACCAGUCAGGAACAGACUUCCCCAGAGUUGAGUAGAACAGGAGACCAGGCGUCAAGUCCAGGCUCCAAGGGAGAUGAGUUUGACAGAGACCCUGAGUCAGAGCAUGACAUGGAGGCUCUACGGCGAUGCUGGCAGAGUAAGCGUCAGCCCAAAGAAAGCAUAGCAAAGAGACUACCAGCCCAUUCCUACCAGUUUGUCCCUCCCAAUCGCUACGUCUUUCAAGGAGCGGAGGUUUUCUCGGAUUCGGAGUCAGAUGAUGAUUCUGACUCUCUGUCAGAUUGCGAGGAUGAGAGAGGAGAGAGUGGGACUGCAGGUACCCAAUGUAAUGGUGGUUCUGAUGAAGACACACAGCAAACCUUCAUCAGCAACACUUCAUGGUUUGAUGGGAGUGAGGACAGUCAGGAACAGGGUAGUGGGGAUGGAAAUGUGACCACUGGGCUGCAAGGUAGCCAUAAGAACACAACAGAAAACGUGACAGAUAAAGGUGGAGGAGACAAAGUCUCAAAGUCGUGAAAAAAAGAUGAAACUAGAGCAAAAUUCUUAACCUUUGGUCUCAGUCCAAGUAUUAACAGUUUUCCUAUAUGGAAAAAAAAUCAGUGUAACUUUCCUUGAAAGCCAGAUUGGUUUUAAAGGGAUAUUUGGAUCAGACAGAUGACAAAAAGAGAAGGCAUUGUACGUAAGUUUGACUACACAUACCAAAGGAUUGUAAGUACUGUUCAGGUGCUGGAAGACUUAAAGGUUCUAUUUUGUUUUGUGGAACUUUUGAUGCCAUCUGUAACUACAUUUGUAAUGUUACAAGAAAGAGAAAAACAUAUGAGAAAAACAUGUACAGAUAUCCAUAGAAGACAAACCUAUACUGAACAUGCAAUGUCAAUAUGUUCACAUGUUUAUCUGUGGUUGUAUCAAGUUGUAAAAUAAUCACUAUUUAUUGACCAAAAAAAAGAUUAUCAAAAGCUUCCACAUAUUCUCAUGUGCUAACUUAUGUGCUCAUGUGUAAAGAGCCACAAAUUCUACAUGUUAUAUUUAUUGGGGACAUUUGUCAUGGGAGAUGUGUGUAAAUGUAUACACAUGUUUAUGUAAUUACAUUCAUGUAGAGUAAGAGGAAGUACUCUGUGGAAAAGUGAACAGUGAACUGAAGGAGAGGUUGAAACUUUUAUACUUUAGGGCUGAGUUUGAGUUAUCACAGUAUGAUCUGCCAUUAAGUGAAUAUUUUUUAGAUUUUUGUACUGUGUUCGGAAGCAAAAGCCUUUGUCUCCUUGAUUGCCUAGCUGCCAAAGUUUGCAUUUAGCUUGUACUACAUGGAACAAUAUCACCCAUUCGUUGUAGAAUAAUAGUGUAGUUUAUUUAUAAGUGUGAAAUUUAAGUUUUUGUUUUUGUAUAAGAUAUGUCUGUAUUGGUGGUAGCAUUCAGGUACAAUGUAGCUCUAUGCUCAUUUAAGUGUGUGUGAGAGUCCUCGACAAUUCAGGUAUGUGAAUCAUGUACAAGUAUAUAUUGAUGCUUAAUUGUGACUGUAUACAAAGACGGAAGGUUAGACUAUUGUAACCAAAUCAUGUUGAGUCAGUAGUUUGUUACAUAACCCAAAUUGAUCUUGUACUAUAAUGUUCAGCAUUUUUCCUUUAGUACUUAAACAUAGCUAUUACUUGAUCAGCACCUAACAGCUGCAUUUUGUUAUGUGGUGCUGAAAUGUGACUCCUUAGUUACUGGAUUUCAUGAACACAAUUUGCAUAAAAGGCUGAUGUAGGAUUUCAGUUUAACUUGUCCAGAAGGAAUGGGACCAGGAAUGUAUUUUUGUAAGGACAGAGUUUCCUAAGCUGAGUUUGAGAGUUUUAGUCAACAUGGAGAAAACUGAAGCAGGAGUAUAGUAUCAUGUACAGUAUCCAUACCUGACUUCAAUGUAUCUUACUUACCAUGUGUGUAGAUUGUGCUUGUAUAUAGCAGUGCCUGAAGAACUUAACUGUUUGAAAUAUAUAGGCCACCGGGAUCACUGCCAAAGUUAAGAAGUGGUACAUAGAUCGAACUGUUAAAAUGUAGUGAGAAUUAUCCUGUGAUAACAUCUUGUAUCUCUUUUCUUUUUUACUGUUAUGCAGUUUGGUUUACCUGACAACUGACUUAGUCAGGAAAUUCUAUUGUCUUCCUCCUACCUGUAGGAUUUUAAAUACAGGUGUGUUGUACUUAGUAAUCUCCAAGCUGUUGACUGGCUGAAAUAUGUACAUGCAUAGAAUACUGCAGAAUAUGUGCAGAAACCAGCUGAAGCCUUUCAUCCGCUUGGAGUAGAUGCUCUUCCAACAUCAAGCAGAUUUACUGUACAGGGGUCUAAAAACGAAAAGGCUGCAAUGUCUUUUCCCUGACUUCUGUAGAGCAAAUGGGAAACCUUUUCUUCCACUUAUUGAACAUUUUACUUUGGUUUAAACUUCCACAAUGAUGAUAUUACAUGUAUGAAUGUACUGUUGCUUCUUCAGACUCUUGUUCUGGUGCUUGAUUAUUUAUUGAUGACUGUGAUUAAAGUUAGAUAUGUGGUAAAGGCAUAGAUGAAUACCUAGUUGUAUGUGAAGUAUGAUUCUUUAGUGUGAAAAAAGAAAAAAGAAUUUCAGGUGCUUGUUGUCAGACGAUACAUAACUUCAGGUGAUUACAAAUCUGUUACAUGUUUUGAGUCAGUACUUUUGAUACAGGAUUAUCCUUGACUUAUUAUGUUAAAAUCAAAGUUUGCAUUGAAUAGAUCUUGUAAAUAAAGAAGUUUGGGGUACAUUGGAAUAUAUAAUGUACAAGUGUAGCUUUGCAGGACAGGAUAUUCCUCUUAUGCCAUCUGUUCUGUACAACAAGCUAACAACUUCUACGUUCUAGUUGAUCAUUUUUACUUUAUUAUCAGUGUUGUUUCAAUUUCUGUAUCUUGUCCCAUAGCUUUUAUACCAGCCAGUCUACAGUGUUGUUUUGUAUGUCCCAUACUGGUCAUCAUGUGUAAAUAUUCUACAUUCAGAUCUAUACAUAUCAUCAUUGAUCAGUGGUGACCGUUUGUCUUAUGGUCCAGGUAGCUAUUGUAGAUGUAUCUGUCCUUAGUGUGUUUGCUACAGAUUUGUAGGAAAAAUAAAAGUGGAACAUUCUUA